UGAGGUCCUCAGGCGCGUGGCCGAGAAGGUUCCUUGGAGUAACCGUUCAUCGGCCUCGCAGCAGGGGGUUUCUUUUGAGUGUGUGUUAGUGUGCGCCGCAGAAGUUGAACCAACUUUCCUUUGGGUUUCCGCGUCGUACUGCGUGGGCAUGUCGCUGUUUUCGGAGAACCCGGCUCACUUCUCCAAAUCGAGGCUGAAGUCGGAUCUCGUUGCGCACAAUGUGGCGCUGCCGCCCGCCAAGAGCAGAAAGCACGUUUACGUGGAGCUGCACUUAAAACACAUCCAGCGUAAAAACGCUGCGGAAUUCUCCAGCGACGAGGAGGAUCAAGUACAGAACGCGGAAGUGAGUGCAGUGGAGGAGAGCGAGCGGAUGCCCGACCUGAGUGGAUUGACUGAUGAUGACCUCAAGGCCGCACUGCUCCGGCACGGGGUCGAAGCUGGUCCCAUAGUAGCCUCCACCAGAGGCGUGUAUGAGAACAAGCUCAGGAAACUGCUUCAGUCUGAUGGCCAAGGUGUUGUGAACGGAGCGGAGCAAGGUGUGUUGUACUCGGACAGUGAAGAUGAGGCUGAAACUCUGGAACAAGAUGUCGAAGAGUCCGGUUCCAAAAAGGAAGACCGGGCACAACAAGGGAGCAGCGAGACUGGUGAUUUUGUUUACCCGCAGUGCUUUUUACCCCAAUCAAGGCUGUACACUUGUGCUUCUAGAAACGGGGAAAUAAGUCCCAAGUGGAAUUCAGGGAAUGCGAUAAAAUCGCUGGAACGAAGUCGGCCUAGCUCACAGAUUUCUGAAGGAAUUAGCAGAGCCCCCUCUGUAGAUCGACGCUCUGGAUUAGGAUCAGGGUUUGCAUCUGGAUCAGUUAUGCUCAUUGGUGACUCGACAAUUUCCUCUCAGGCCUUCAGCAUCACGCAAAUGGUCGAGGAGAUGGAGAGUUCGAGGUCACACUCCGCGGACUUGCACACUGAGAGGGAUGUGAAUGGGUGCAAUGUGCAGCAGCAUUGGUCGCGCAUCAACGGGCUGGACGUUGAAACGCCUAAAGUGGGCAACAUGAAGAACCAGCCCCUGUUCUACACUCCCAAGGAAUCCACAUACGAGUCGGAUAUCGAGGUGCCUGUGAAAGACACUUUCAGUCUUUCCAACACUACUGCCACACCCACAGGGAUCUAUGCCACUCGUCGGAGACCCAUCAAGGGUGCCGCGGGGAGACCUGUCCAGAACGCGUACCCGGACACGCCCGCCAGUCCCACGACCAAGGAGAGGCGAGAGGUCGAGCGGCGCCUCGUGCCAAUCCAGAUUCAGAUUUUGGUCUUCCUCCUCGUGGUGUGCCUCUUGUACCUCAUUUAUGUUUGUGUUGAGGAUGAUUCAUUCAGUACGUUUGCGACCCUGCUGGACAGUCUUGACCAGGGCGCAGACGGUCACGAGGGGCUGGCGCUUCAGGCCGAGGACCGGGACACUCCCGCACUCUCUGUGCGGGAGUGACCCGGGAUUCUUCAGUCAGCACUUUGACGUAAGGCUGCGAGGGUCGCAUUUAUUUGUGAUGUGAGCCAUAAUGACCCUAUCCUGGGAAAUCCUUAAGGGAGUAAAACUCCAGUUUUAGAUGGUAUUCUCGUCGGUGUGAUCAAAGUGCUUUUGUUAGUAUUGUUGAGAAGUUUUAUUAAACACAGAAAUUAAACUUUAAAAGAUGUUAUCUAAUGUUUAAAUGACAAUUCUACAUUUCCUAAUCCAAAGUGUGUCCGGAUGCCUAUUCGAACUCUACUUGUGUAAUGUCCAUAUGUAAUUUUAAAAGUAUGUUUUAACCAUAUUUGAAUAAAGAAUGCAUUGCUUUA